CUGUUGCCAUGGGAGACGUUUGCAUUUAUCGCCGGUUUUCUGAAAGCCAUCAUCGGCUAGCCAUAAAUUGUUAUUGCCUCCACAGUGUGUGUAGAGCCUUCAACCAACGGUCCGAACCCGAAUUGCGUGCAGUACUUUGUAUGGAGGGGAGGUUUUGUUCCCCAUCAACUACCUCCAUACACGUACCCAUAGCACAAUUACUGUGUGUGCAAUUGCAGCAGUAAGGAGUUUUUUCCCGUGCCUCCUUUUACCCCGAAACUUCUGUCCCAAUCAAUCAAACUUUCGUGAACUUAUCCUUGGCAGAAAGACAGCCAGUCAGUGCCUCCCGGUGCCCAAGUAGGACACGGCACGGAUACACACGGGUGUUUGUGUUGUGCAUUACAUCACAGUACGCCGGAGUGCACACACCACCAGCCCAGCAAGACAGCAUGGCGGACUGGCCCAGCCCGAGGGUGGCCCAGGGUGGCCUGUUUCAUACGCCCAAAGCACGCUACACGAAGGAAACUCAAGAUUUGAUAAAAGUUUUGAUGGAAGAAGCAAAAUUGACGAUUCUGCAGCGCAACAAAAUUAACUACCAUCUGCGAAAUGGCGAACCAUUGCCGGUGCCGAAGGAGCCGAAGUUUGAGCAGGAGUACAGUAACUUUCUCCCGAUGGCCAUACCGCGGAAAAACAUUAAGAAACGUUCACUGAACACCAUCAUCGAGAGCGGUGCGUUCGAUGUGGAAAAGUACGUGCCGCACAAAUCGAAGGAACCGAUCGAAAAGCUGAAGCUCAAGCUGCAGGAACAGAUGAGCGGUAUAAAGAUCUUUCCGGACGAUGGCCGCCGUCGGCGGGUGGUGCGUAGUAAGAGUGAAGGUUGCAUGGACUUCGUACCGCCCGAUCGGGCAAGUGAAUUGCUCGAGGAAAUCAACGAACGCGUUCAGUGGCUGGAAGAGAUGGAGGCACUGGGCGAGGGGAAGAAGCAUCGCGCCACUAUCCAGCUGCAGAUUGCGGAGAAGCUCAACGAACUCAAGCGACUUGAUCGGGCCAAAUCGCAGGAAAACGAAAUUUAACUUCUGUAUACACUUUUAGCGCACGUUGUUUGCAGUUUAAAUUCACCUUCUCUUUUAUAUUAAAUUCAUUACACGCUUAAUUCUACAGCAAAAUUACACUGUCCAUCUUCUUCGUUUUGCCAGCUCUGUGGGUGUGUGUGUGUGGCGGAUCUCAAACGCGUGGGAGAAAAACAAAACACAUAGUUCGGUGUUUGACGGUGAUUUGGAUCCGGCCUCGCACGAAAGUAAGGAAGUAGGGAACGGAAGCAAUGCAA